UACGCGUGUUGUGUAUGGUUAGUCCAUGCAAUUAGCAAGAAAUGUCGACUUGUAAUUCUUUUCAGGUGCAGGUGGCCUCCAUCAUGGAGUAUUUGGCAAAAACGGCAGUAGUAGAAAUCACUAAACUAGUCGACGACGGGUCUGCUGCCUUGCGAUUGGAGAUGUGCAGAAGCCAAAGAGAGAACGAAGCGCUAAAAACGAAGUUACUGCUGAUGGAGGGAGAGCUCAGGGCUGUGCGAGGAUACGGAGAGGAAACGCCGGACAAUUCUCUCAACAUCUCUUUUGAUGUUCAGGUUUGCGACGAAUUCAGAGAAUCACAAAUACGCAAUUCAGGGGCAGCUGCUAACAGUGGUGAAGGACCCCUCUGUAAGGUGGAGGAGCUGCACAUGCCACCCUGCCCUGCAGGAGACCCAGAAAAGGAGCUGCAAGCUGAACUCAAACAGGAACCAGAGGAGCAGCAUCUCACCCCCACACUCCCCCUGCUGGAGUCCGCAGACUGGGGGAUGGAGCUCCAGUGUGUGUGGAGCAAGGCCAACGGCUUGGGAAUUUCUCAGAUUCUCAGAGGCCACACUCGGAGAAGGACGAGGGGUCAGCAUCACACCUCGAGCAGAAACAAAAUGGCCGCCCCCUCGGCAAAGAGUGCUCUCAUGGGCUGCCUGAUGAGGUUUCGGCAGAGAUGCCGUUCCCUCUGGGUUCUCCAGGAGAGUGUGAUGGAAGCGCCCCGUGUGAGGCGAGUUCUGACACGUCAGCAGAAGCAAAGAGUCCCUGCAGAACUGAGGGACAGGAGGAGGAGUUCAUCUGCACACGCUGUGGGAAGACGUUCCCAGACACUCUUGAACUGAAGACGCACGAGGAGCAGCACAGCGCGGGGAAACGGUUCAGCUGUUCAGAGUGCGGCAAGGGUUUCACUUCCUCCAGCGUCCUGGAGAAGCACGAGCAGGUUCACAGCAGGGAAAAACUGUUCACCUGCUCUGUGUGCGGCAAGAGCUUCUCCCAGUCACACGUCCUCAAAGCUCACGAAAGCACUCACACAGGGCAGAAACCGUUCAUUUGGACAGAGUGCGGGAAACGCUUCCCUGACAAAGCUUGGCUUAAAUCCCACCAGCGUGUUCACACCAGAGAGAAACCGUUCACUUGUGAGCAGUGUGGAAAGUGCUUCUCCUGGAAGAGCAAGCUUAAAACUCACCAGGUGACUCACACAGGCGAUAAAUGCUUCAGCUGCCCUGUGUGCAAUAAGAGCUUUGGCUAUCUCCAUGUUCUUAAGCAACACCAGAGUGUCCACACAGGAGAGAAACCCCACUGCUGCAACGAGUGUGGGAAGAGCUUUACCCGAAUAGGUAAUCUUAAAUGUCAUCAAAUUGUCCACAGCAAAGAGAAACCGUUUGCUUGUGAGCAGUGUGGAAAGUGCUUCUCCAAGAAAAACAAUCUUAAAAUUCACCAGUUUGUUCAUACAGAACAGAAACCACACCGCUGCAGAGAGUGUGGGAAGAGUUUUGCCCAUGCAUCGAAUCUUAAAUCUCACCAAAGAUUACACACCAGGUAGAAACCCUUCACUUGCAGGCAAUAUGGAAAGCAUUUUGGCAAGAAUGGCCAUCUUAACUUACCUGGGGGGGGGGGGGGGGGGACCGUUCAGUUGUACACUGUACAGCAGGAGUUUCUCCAACAAAUCCAAUUUUAAGAGGCACAUACUGUCACACAGUUAGGAGGAAACCUAGGGGAUCCUUGAGGAAAAACUAAGCUGAACUGCUCUUUGUGGGCAGUGACGUUCCACUCAGUCAGGUCCAUAAAUAUUUGAAAUAAAAGUACAUAGUUUUCCCAUAUGUUUGAACACAGCAAAUCGAUUAUUAUCUGUGUUGGUUAUUAUUUGCAGCCUUUUUUCUUUUUUAAUAAGGGUGCCAAUAAUUUUGGGAUCCUCUGUAUCUGCAGUAUUUUUGGAUCCCUGCACAUUUUGGUGUAGAUGGGAAUAUGGGAAUGAGGGUGCUGACCGGAACAGGGCCCUGCAUUUAAGAGAAAAUGAAAUCUUCACCUCUUCGUUUAGCCACUGCAGGAAGCCUGGUGCCUCACCCUCUCCAGUCAGGACUACUGUCCGCUCUGGUGGCGGCCUGUAGCGUAGUGGUUAAGGUAAAUGACUGAGACACGCAAGGUCGGUGGUUCUAAUGCCGGUGUAGCCAAAAUAAGAUCCGCACAGCCGGGUGAUUCUCAUGAACAUGGUACAACUCAUUGCAAAAAUCAACCACUACUGCAUACACAUAUUUUUUCCCCUUUAUAUCAAAUAGGAUCUAAUUUCACUAUUCAAUUUGAAAUUAUAAUCCGAGUGCACAUUUUUAAAGUGUUUUCAGACAUUUUUAGAGAGACUGU